CGUUUCCUCCGUGUCUUCAUCUGCUUUUCCUGUGUGGGAGAAAGAGGGUGGACACAGUUCAACGUCCUGGAGUCACCAUGUUGCCACAGAGCGGUUGCCUGAGGCUUCAGACUGUUUCUGUUCCCCACCAGUGCCUCAGCCCUGCCUUAAGCUUUCCAAACAUCAGGGAACAAAGUUGUGGAGUUUCAGCCACACUGGGACAAAACUAGAAACGCGGAGCACAAAGAGGCAGACGAACGCGCCACGGAGGAGCCAUUCGGCCAAAACGGCAUCAAAACGCGGCCAGUGGCAAAGCGGCCGAGCAUCACGGCCGUCUUUAACCAAUCAGCUGCUGGUUAAAGGUGGUCCUCCAGCUGUUCUAGCAGCAGCCUCAAACAGCAAGCCCCAGAGUUGGUCAUGGAGCCGGCGGGCCAGCCGCAGUGGACCUGCUUCCUCAUGCAGCGUCCACAUGGUGGCUGAGCACGGUGACGGCCAGCAGCUGCAGCGCACACAGCUCCACGCUAAAGAAGGAGCCUUGGUGGGCUCAGUGACCAACCAGAUUUCAGCCAUCCACCUCACACCGGCCCAGUCCCUCACCUCAUCUCCAUCCGUGACAGAGGAGCAGCUGACUGGGUCAGAGUGUGUGAUGCAGGUGGAUGGGGUUGAGGAGGAGCUUCCUGAUGAGCUGGAAGGUGACUGCAGUGGUGACGAUGACUCUGAAUGUUAUUCCAUUAUCGCAUCUUCUUCUGCUGCUUCGCUCCCUAACCUCUCUAGCAUCGAGGAGCCCAUGAUAUUGGGGGUAGAGGGCGAUCGAGAAGAGCGACCCGCCCUUGUCCCCAGCUUGUUUCCACUCAUCCCCCCCACUCUCUACUUCAGCACAGCCAAUGAGAAAGUGGAGCUGCUGCCUGCUGAACAAAGACGGCUACUCAAAUGGAAGAUGAGCUCCGUUACUCCCAACAUUGUCAAGCACACCAUCGCCAGGUCUCACUUCAAAGUCACCAAGAAAAGCUCUGACUGGCUAGGCUGCUGGGGGCACCACAUGAAGUCUCCUGGCUUUCGGGCGAUUGGAGAGCACCAGAAGUUGAACCAUUUUCCAGGAACCUUUCAAAUCGGCAGGAAGGACCGGCUUUGGAGGAAUCUGUCCAAGAUGCAGCUUCGCUUCGGCAAGCAGGAGUUCAACUUUUUUCCACGGACAUUCAUCCUUCCUCAGGAUAUCAAGCCGCUCCGCAAGGCCUGGGAAGACGGCAGCUCCAGGCAGAAGUGGAUUGUCAAACCUCCUGCAUCAGCCAGAGGAAUAGGGAUCCAGGUCAUCCACAAAUGGAGUCAGCUGCCCCGUAAGAGGCCACUGCUGGUGCAGAAAUACCUUCACAAGCCCUACCUCAUCGGGGGAAACAAGUUCGACCUGCGGAUCUACGUCUACGUGACAUCCUAUGACCCGCUCCGAAUUUACGUGUUUUCUGAUGGACUGGUGCGAUUUGCCAGCUGCAAGUAUUCGUCUUCCAUGAAGACUCUGAACAACAAGUUCAUGCACCUGACCAACUACAGCGUAAACAAGAAAAACUCAGAGUACCAGACAAACAGUGACGACAAAGCCUGCCAAGGACACAAAUGGGCUCUGAAGGCUUUGUGGAACUACCUUGGCUCUAAAGGAAUCAACACCACCCUUAUAUGGGAGAAGAUUAAAGACAUUGUGAUCAAAACUAUUAUAGCCUCUGAGCCUUACGUGAACAACCUGCUGCAGAUGCACGUCAAAACGCCUCACAGCUGCCACGAGCUGUUUGGCUUUGACAUCAUGCUGGACGAGAACCUGAAGCCCUGGAUCCUGGAGGUCAACAUAUCACCCAGCCUCCACUCCAACUCAGCGCUGGACGUUUCCAUUAAAGGGCAGAUGAUCAGAGACCUCCUGAACCUGGCCGGCUUCAGGAUUCCUCCAAAAGAAGAAGUGGUCUCCUCCUGCAGCAGCGCCUCAAGCUCCACCAGCAGUUUGUAUGGAGGGAACAAGCAGCGGAGCAAAGCAGAACUUUCUGCCGACGAGAAAGUAAAACGAGCCUUCUACGUCACACAGCGCUAUGCUGACCAGGACUUCCUGUCAUCGCUGUUGGAAAUUUUGACUCCAGAGGACAUCCGCGUGCUGGCAGAGAGCGAGGACGAACUGAGUCGCCGAGGAGAAUUUGAGCGUGUUUUCCCAUCGCCGUCAUCUUCGCGCUACCUUCGCUUCUUCGAGUGUCCCAGAUACCUCAACAUGCUGCUGGACCAGUGGGAACAGAAGUACUGCAAUGACCGCAGCAAAUGCAUCAGUGUCCUGAGAGUCUACUGUCAGAGGGGCAUCCAUGUGGGAACCAGGGACCCUGCUCACAUGUGGUCCAAGUGUAGCUACAUGCCAAGGACUGAUGUCCAGAGACUCGGUGUAUUGAGUCCAUCUGGAUCCAGGGUGGUGGUCAGUCACUCCCACCGCAGCGCCUCUGAUGACGAUUGUUCAGACCCUGAGUCAGCAUCUGUCUGCAGUCUGCCCGCCUCCCAGAGUCCAGGAUCAAGUAUGACCAGCAGUGGCUGUGUGAGCCCGCUGCCCCAGCAGUUCUCCUUGUUCUGAUGACGUCUGCUCCACAGGGUUCCUUCACCAAGCCGCUCAGUCCACACCCUGCAGCUGAAAUGAAGGCUUUGGUUCAUUUUAGCCCAACUAUCACAGGGCUGUACAGCAGCUACUGUGGUGACCCUUCUGCUGAAAUCAAAGCACCUAAUCAUUUUCAGUGUUUUCUUUUUCUCUUUUCAUGCUGCCCCAAAGAGUGGACUGCCCUGUUUAGUUUAGGAAAAAGACCUGAUGACCGGGUUGUGUCCCCGUAGGAGUGCUGUAGGGGCUGGCAUCCAGCCAGAGUGGUCUUAAUGUGUUUAGAACCGGUGGCUUCCCUCUAAAUGACCCUCACUGGGAUGCCCGAUCCUGUCAGGUUUCCAGCAUUUUACUGCCAUGCAGUGUGGGUGUUUGUGCAGCCAUGGAGAAAACCUGGCAGCAGAGAGUGAUGUGACGUGAGAUUUAGUUCCCAGUGUGUCAAAUAUGGCCAUAUCAGGGGUGUGUUCGGGAUGAGGAGAAGCAGGCUUAGUGCUGAGCUGGCAUGUGUAGCCAGCUCUUUAGAUUUGUUGUCAGAACAAGAAGUCACUGUGAUAAGCUGCUCUACAUGACACAAGGUGCCAUUUUGCUCCUAUAUGCCUCCAAGCUGAUGCAGCUCUGGUCCUUCCUACCUCUCCAGGAGUUGGGCUGUGGACAGGGAAUGCUGGGCUCCUGUAUAUACACGAUCAAGCUGCCUCCUUCCAAGUGUUUAAAGCUGAAGGCAUGCUGAAAAAGUGCCCUCAGUUUCAGAACUGUUUCUACAACCCUGGUAUAGCUUUUAUCUCACAUAUUCAGAAGUUUGUUUAGUUUUUUUGGAAAAUGGACAUUUAUUUGAGCUGCUUGUAUUUCUUCCUAACACGUGUCAGUUGGACAUGCUAACUUUCUACUUCUGUUAUGGUGAUGAGAGCGGGUAAACACUGUGACCAGAGUAUCUCAGGGUGAUGCCAGGCAGCAGGAAUGCUCUGAUGCUAGUGAGGGAGACAGAAGUGAGCUUCCUGUGACACGAGUCUGUGUUGUUACUAGACUGUCUACAACAGUGUUUGCUAGGAUUAGUAUUGAAAGUGUUUUCUAGUGGUAUUUUAGGUCGUCUGAAAAGCUUCUUUGGUUCCAGAUGCUUGUUUUUAACCUUGUUUACACAUGGCUAGCACACUGAAAGCUUUAUGCUUCAGUAGAGAAGUCUGAGAAUAGUCUUCAACAUGCAAAGAUUGACGUGACUCAUUUGAGAACCAAAGCCAAUUUGCAGUGAUUAGACUAGGAUAUGUUGCUCCACUGUUUUUCUUCAAAGGAAUCCUAACCCGUCACAUGCCUUAGAGUUGUGCCUUGUUCCAUCACAAUGACUCAGAAGAAUUGGGGGGGGGGGGGAAACCAGGCAGUAACAUGAGUAAAGUUCCUGCUAGAUAACUUGAACAACGUGCUCAUUUUGAAGCUAGUUGCUGAAAUGUGAUGUUUUAACGUAGUUGUCCCUCAAGUUAGGGGUCCUUGAAUUCAUGAAUUAACACUUGUGGAGUCUUUGUAUCUUUUCCAGUAGGACACAGAGCGAAACAUGAUAACAGCAGAGCAUAUUUAUGGUGAAAGCUGUACUCAGUUCUCACCUGGGAGAUAGAAAUAUUAACGCUGUUUGGUUAACUCCCAUUUUAACUGAUGUGGUGGAAAUGCUCAUGAGUCUUUUCUGCUGUAAUUCUAUGGGUGGGAAGCUUAAAGUUUGGAACCUCUGGUCUAAAAGAAAGUUGCAGUGAUUGUCUCUGCUAAGGCUACAUCUUCCCCAUGUGCUAGCAGGUACCUUAUAAACGUAUGUAAUGCAUUUCAUUAAAAACAGCGACGUCCCUCAGCUGUCUGCACAAACAAACCUAAUAUGGGUUUAAACAUACCACCUCACUCGUGUUGAGCUGCUGCUGACUGAGAAUUCCCUAAAAGACUUUGAUGCCUCUGUGUGACGGCAGUGGCACCAUGCUGUGGCAUUCUCACUUGUUUUCAUUCACACAUGCAGCUCUGGAUCUUUCUAUCAACCAAUCUGGUGUUGCUGUGUGGAAAAUUGCUGUAAAUGCUCAGGCCAAUAUAGAGGAAAUAAAAAGUAUUUGUCAUACAAGUGUAA